CACCCUGCAAGCUCCAGCCCCAGGAGAGAAGGCACAGCAGGAGCCUCAGAUUCUCAGAUUUUCAGCACUCAGGGGAAGGCAGACAAGGCACUGAGCAGGUCUGGUGACCAUGUCCCUGCUCUGAGCUUUCUUUGUCCUCCUGGUUCAUCCCCCGGCAGAGUUUGCUCCCCACCCUCCGGGCUGCUGCUUCUCUAGUGAUGCCUCCACAGCCCCUGCCUGGUCUCCACACACCUCUUCCCAGGGGAAGUCGUCCUGCCUGGUCCUCUGAAGCCCUGGCCACAGAUUGCCUCCUAACAUUUCCAUUACGACUCUUAGGGAAAUUCUGAUCCACAUCGAUCCUCAUUUUUCACAUGGAUAAAUCGCAGCCUAGAAGAAUGGGGACUGCCCAAAGUCACAGAGAGAGAGUGUGUCAGAGCUGGAAAAGACCCUAGCAAUAUACCUCAUCCCUAAAGAGACUCUGUGGGCUCCCCGCCACCCUGCACCCUCUUUCCCUGCCUCCCAGCUGUGCCCUCCAGGGCCCUGCAGUAUGGAGCUGGUCAACAGGACAGAGGUCUCUGAGUUCUUUCUGAAAGGAUUUUCGGGCUACCCAGCCUUGGAGCACCUGCUCUUCCCUCUGUGCUCAGCCACGUACCUGGUGACCCUGCUGGGGAAUACAGCCAUCGUGGCAGUGAGCGUGCUGGACGUCCACCUGCACACACCCAUGUACUUCUUCCUGGGCAACCUCUCCAUCCUGGAUAUCUGCUACACCACCUUUGUGCCCCUGAUGCUGGUCCACCUCCUGUCGGCCCAGAAGACCAUCUCCUUUCUUGGCUGCGUGAUGCAGAUGUGUCUGAGCCUGUCCACGGGCUCCACAGGGUGUCUGCUGCUCGCCAUCAUGGCCUAUGAUCGCUACCUGGCCAACUGCCGGCCACUCAUGCUGAUGAGCCACCGGCUCUGCUUGCUGCUGGCGGGAGCCGCCUGGGUACUCUGCUUCUUCAAGUCAGUGACUGAGACAGUCAUCGCCAUGAGGCUGCCCUUCUGUGGCCACCGUGUGGUCAGUCACUUCACCUGCGAAAUCCUGGCAGUGCUGAAGCUGGCGUGCGGUGAUACGUCAGUCAACGAGGUCUUCCUGUGGGUGCGUGCCAUCCUGCUGCUGCCCGUGCCCCUGGCGUUCAUCUGCCUGUCCUGCAUGCUUAUCCUGGCCACCAUCCUGAGGGUGCCCUCGACCGCUGGACGCCACAAAGCCUUCUCCACCUGCUCGGCGCACCUGGGUGUGGUGCUGCUUUUCUAUGGCACCGUCAUCUUCACGUACAUGAAACCCAGGAGCAAGGAGGCCCGCAUCUCUGAUGAGGCCUCCACGGUCCUCUAUGCUGUGGUCACGCCCAUGCUGGACCCCGUCAUCUACAGCCUGAGGAACGAGGAAGUGACGGAGGUCGCCAGGAAGGUGUGGGACAGGAGAUGGACCUCCAGGUGAGGGAGGCCGGGGCUCUGCAGGCUAGCAGGCCAGGCCUUCAUUAGCCUACAGUGAGGGCUGCGGGUCUGGAAUCUCCAGCCCAGAAACGCAGCACCAAGUCCCACUGAUC